GUCAGGGGUUUUGGAGCGCAACGAUGCUCAACCAAAAGGAUACGCUCCGGUCCUUUAAAUAUUGUGGGAGCUUGCGACAACUCGUUUGCAGCAGUCAGCACCCUUGGCAUGUUCUAAAUGCUAAGCACGGCUCACGGUGUCGCCCUGGGCCAGUCAGUGCAGCCCAGCUCUGCUAACAUAUCUGGGGGUCGAAGCGGCUAAGGCUCUGGCUAAACCCAACAAGUGCAGCCAGCGAUGUAGAAAGCCAAUCAGAGCCCAGUUCCUUUUCAAUAUUCAUAUUUAUAACGUCAAGAGACGAAAUUAUGAAUUUACUCUGUGUAUUUGCUUCCAACAAGGCUGAAAGAAAUAAGUAGGUAUGCGAACAAGGGAGGGAGCCGCAGUCGAAGAGAUUGGGAUACGUUUCCAGCAAAUCGUGGUGUUUGGAUCGAUGGCUAAUUUUUGGUGGCAAAAAGCUUUGUUUGCCCCUAGCCCCUCAAGGUGAAGGACACUGUGCCCCCGCACUCCGCAGCCCUCCCCCCGCUUCUGUCGCCUCAUGUGACGAGGAAUGGCGCCAGAUAGUAAUGCAGGCGCGGCGUGGGAGCGAACUCAGCUGCGGUUCGGCCGAGGGCGAUAUAAGUCUGUCUCAGACACGCCCCUUGUGCAGACGCAUACAGACACACCCACACUUCACAGCCACAACAUGAGGCUGAUAGCGACGUCCCUGCUGGUGGCGGUCGUUUCGUCCGCCGCUGUUCCACGACUACCACCGCUUUCGGGCCAGCUGUCACAGGAAGUAGGAGAGCAGACCAAGCAUGCGCUGCGGACGCUGAAACUCGUCAAGGCACAGCUCGGCAAUGCUAAGCUGCAAUUGCAAAACCAAGCGUCCCUCGACACUGCCCGCCUGAUCAGCGCCGCUGAGAGCGAGGCUGUGCGUCUGCUGCUGCGGUACGGUCGGACCGACGCCGUGUCGACGGUCCACCAGGCGGCCCAGGCGCUGCACGCGCUGGCCGACGGCGCCACGGAUGUCGAGUCCGGCCUGCAGUCGGCGCUCACUGAGAUCCUGAUGGUGAUGCACCAGUUGGGCGCCAAGCUGGACACUGAGGGCCUUCUCGAGGAGACCACACCCAAGUCUCAGAUCGAUAUACUUCUGGAGGAGCUGCAGGGUCUGGUGGACAAGUAUCUGCUCAUCAUCGCGCCCUUCAUCGGUCUCACCGAGAAGCAGGCGCUCCAGUUCAGACGCGAGUUCGACAAGUUCGUCGCCGAUGUCGAGGCUCUGGAGCACGGACAGGUGCCGAUCGCCGAUGGACUGGCCGCCAUGAUUACCGAUGUCCUCGAGAUGCUCCGGAUCCUGGGAAUCGACUGGGUCGCUCCCACCAGUGAGACACCGACCGAGCUGGACGCUCUGCUGGCGGAGCUGGACUCGGCGCUGACGGCCGUGCUGGACAUCCUCGGCCCAUUCCUGGGCUUCAGCCGCGAGAAGACCGAGGCCAUCGAGGCCGACAUCGACCAGCUGAUCGCCGACAUCGAGGACAUCGAGCACGGCCGCGUCGACGUCGACACCGGUCUGGAGAUCGUGCUGCAGGACAUCCUCGACAUGCUGCACGACUUCGGCUUCAGUGCGCAGCCGAUGACCGACGAUAAGCUGCCUAUGGAUUCCGUGCUGGAAGGACUGCAGGCCAUGAAGGCGAUGCACCGCUAAGGCAUUGAUAUUAGAUUCUACGACGGUACAUGCAACAUAUUCCUAAUAAGAACAGGCGUUGACAAUAGAUAUGUAAUGCUAUGUUAUUUCUCAAAGAAUAAAAGUGACCUAUGAAAA